GUAUUGAACUGGUUAAAAAAAUUAUGGAGGUAAGAAUAUCACCUAUAAUCUUCAAAUAGAGAUCAUUGGUUCUUCUUCCACCUCUUAGUUUUGCUUUUGGUACCCAUGAGUUGAGACUAGAGUUGAUUUCCAUUGCUUAAAGUCGGUGUACAGUCUGAACUAUUUGGCCUACAUCAAACUAUGGCCAGUCUUGGAAUCUUUAAGUUAGGAUUGUUUCUAUGUACACUGCUGUUUAUCAGCUGAGCAAUACUGGUAUUGUAGACUUGGCUGUUACAGUGACAAGUCUUGCACAUAGCUUUGCUUGUGACGGUUUGGAUACGCAGUUAUUUCUUAUAGCGAAAUUUUGGGGUUCAAACCUAGGUUCAACAAUUUGCAAGAAUCUCUACCAAAAACGGUAGAGACUUAUCGUACUUAGUGAAAGAUUUUUUAUGACUAUUCUUUGAGUCCUUAGAUUGUUCAUAGCAGCUGAUUUUGGCAUAUGAGGAGCGUAAAAUUUUGAGGUCAGGUAUAAAUUUUUAAGGUUACGCUUAAUCAUUUUUAUUCAGAAUAGUUCCUAAUGUCCCAUUUUUAUCUCUGAAACCCCUCCCUUAACAAAGUUGUGCAAAGGAUCAGACUUAGAAGUUGGAGUUGCUAGCUGUCGUUGUGCAAAAACUGUUUGCUAAGGAAUUUUUAUUCCAACAAAUUCGGUGCUGAGCUUAAGUUUCUCUUAACAAAUGCUGAAUCUUUGGUAGUCUAGGAUGGCAGUAAAGUUUAGCAGAGUAAAGGGAAAUUUAUGAGGAUCACCAAUUUUCCCGAUUAAUGAGGCCUUAAAUUACCUGAAAUAAUUAUUGCGCCCCAUCUUCUUGAGCCACUUGGACUGUUUUGGAGCAAUUUUGGGAUUGCUAGAGAUACAAGUCCAAUAUCCCUUUAGUUCUUUGUAAGCACUUUGGAAUAUUUUAACGAAGACGGUGAAUCCUAGAUAUUAGGAUAAACUCUUAGAGCACUUGAAAACUUUCCUGAGCGAAAUUAGUUCAGGUCCUAGGGCGUAAUUAGCUCCAUCUUGGCGUAUUUUCGUAAAAUUUCAGGGGAUUUGUCACUCCAGCAUUUUGCUGUAGUAAUGCCUUUUAAAGAGAAAUUUUGGAGCAAAGUUAUAAUAUUUAUGAAUAUUAAAAAGUCAAUGAGUGGAUCAGAGUGGAACUCUGAGUAAGGGGUGCCUUUGAGGCAUUAUUUACAGUCAUAAUUCCAAAUUCUCCCUACUUAGCUCUUUUAUUUAUCUUUUCUGGUAAACAGUAUUUCAGUGAUCAUUUUUAUAGAGACUAUAGCCUCCAGCAGAACGAAGGGAGCCCAAGGAGGUCUAAGCGAGCCUAUUACACCACAGAUAUGUUAGUAGUGCUGAACAAGUGGAUAGAGGAUCAUAUCGAGUAUCCCUACCCAAAUUCGGAUGAAUUCAAAGCUCUUAGUGAUCAGACUGGGCUUGAUGAGAAGCAAGUUAGAAUAUGGUUCACUAACACUCGUAAGAGAAGGCUCAGAAUUACUCGUGAAGAGUUCAAAUUCAAACAGAAUACCUUUAUUCGAAACUUAAUUGAGAGUCAACAACAAGAUUCGCUGAAUAGUGCUCCAGUGCCCACAUUAGAUCAAGCUGUUCAGACAGACCCAGUCAUUAAGCAAGAGUAUGAGAGAAGUACUCAUAGAAAGAGCAUGAGAGAGUCAUCAAAUUACAGCCAAUUUUGGUCAGCUGAUUACUUCAUCAAGAACAUCUUCUUCACUGCCGAAGUGGUUGAUCUCAACGAGAUGUGACUUUGAGACGACAGCUUUGUCGAAUACCUGGCUGGAUUAGGCUUCUGAACCUGCUCUAGUCUUUAAAUAUCAAAAAUAAUUGCUAAAGCAUAACUUUUACAGCUU